AAGGCACAAAAAUUCACACUCGAAUCCAUCUCUCUCACUACCAAACAUGCUCUCUUCAGAUCAAACACUCUACCAUUACAGUCUUCUAACCCUCUAUUUCAUAACCCCUCUAACCUUCAUCUCUCUCUUCUUCAUCCAAACACCAUAUGGCAAGCACCACCGUGCCGGCUGGGGCCCCACCAUCUCACCGCCGCUCGCUUGGUUUCUAAUGGAGAGUCCUACUCUCUGGCUCACUCUCCUCCUUUUCCCAUUCGGUCUCCACAGAUCCAAUCCAAAAGCUCUGAUUCUAAUCUCCCCCUUUUUAUUACACUACACCAAUCGCACCUGCCUGUACCCACUCCGCCUCCUCAAAACCACCGCCGCCGGCAAGAAUAGUGGGUUUCCGGUGAUUAUAGCUAUGAUCGCUUUUGGGUUCAAUUUGUUGAACGCUUAUCUGCAGGCAGGGUGGGUUUCUCAUUACAAGGACUACGACGGUGACGGGUGGUUUUGGUGGAGGUUUGGGCUUGGGCUUGGGGUGUUCUUGGUGGGUAUGAGAGUGAAUAUUUGGGCCGAUAAGAUGUUAGUGGGCCUAAAGAGGCAGGGUGGUGGGUAUAAGGUUCCGAGAGGAGGCUUGUUUGAGUUGGUGAGCUGUCCAAACUACUUUGGGGAGAUUGUGGAGUGGUUGGGCUGGGCUCUUAUGACUGGAUCAUGGGCCGGGUUUGGGUUCUUUCUGUUCACGUGUGCCAACUUGGUGCCUAGGGCACGUGGGAAUCAUGAGUGGUAUAUGGAGAAGUUUGGGGAGGAUUAUCCAAAGGAGAGAAAAGCUGUCAUUCCUUUCGUGUACUGAAGGGAUUCAAUGUUCUUUUUUUUUGGUAUUCUUGUGUAUUUCUGGAAGCUCCCACAGUGGUUUGCCAAAGCAAUUGAAGAUUUGCAAUGAUUGUUGACCUUGACGUUUCA